AUGGCUCAAGUAAAAGCAAUGUCAAGUGCCCAAGAGGAUAUCCAUGCUGUUCGCAAGAAAUCUAAAACUCCAUCCAAACGUCAACCCCCAGAAAAAAGUAAACAUAGUAAGCCUGUAAAUGACUCACAACAGAAAACUCUCAUGUGUAACUGUAAGUAUUGUGGUAAACGUCACCCACCUCAACGAGAGCAAUACCCAGCAUAUGGUGUCAAAUGCAGUCACUGUGGUAGAUUUUCACACUAUGCCUCCAUGUGCAAGAGUAAGAAGAAACAUUCUUCCCGAGUACACAGAGUCGAUGAUGAUUCAGAUGAAUCUGAUAUUGAUCCUACAGAGGAACUGAUGACUAUAGAUACCUGUGAAGAAUCUGUCAACUGUGUUGUAGGACAAUACCCUACUAAAAUCUUCACAACACUUGAAGUGAACUCUCAACCAGUACGAUUUCAGGUGGAUUGCAGGGCUACUUGUAAUGUUAUCUCUGAAAAGUAUCUCCCAGAGGAUAAUGACAUGCAGGAUACGUCGGUUAACCUGAAGAUGUACAAUGGGUCCAAGCUUACUACAAUGGGAACUGCUAAUCUCCAUUUACACAAUCCCAAGAACUCUAAAAAGUAUCAUGGCAAGUUUGUUGUGAUUGCUGAGGACAGAACACCACUGAUUGGAUCCCGUUCUGCUCAACAAAUGAACUUUAUCAAAGUGCUCCAUGAAAAUAUUCUUGAAGUUUCUGAAGAGAAACCUCCAUCUGAGAAAGUCACAUCCUCAACUGGUCUUACAAAAGAGGACAUACUGAAGACUUACCCAGACAUCUUUAGCGAUGAACUUGGAACUUUUGAAGGAACUCAAAAGCUAGAAAUUGAUCCAAGUAUAACGCCUGUCAAACAGCGACUCAGGAGAAUUCCACAUGCUCUCAAGCAAGACCUCAAGACAGAACUCGAACCUCUACACCUACAGACUGGGUCUCUAGACUCUUGA